GUGGUAAGUUUCUGAACAUAACAUGUCUUCAUGGAAACCAAGAAACUGCUAGUAUUUUUGGAAUUAAUAUCGACUAAAACGUGGCCCAUGGACUAUGUGUGUAUCCCUGCAUCAUCGAGUUAAAUAGUUCAGUCUAACUGGCGCUUUUUGCUUGAAAUCCUGCCGCACGGGGAGAAUCAGCAUGACCGAGCGAAGGCUGCUGUUUCUAGAUAUUGAACCCAAGUCAAACAGCUCCGCUCCUGUCGACGGCAGAGCUGACAAGCCCCUCUGGGUUCCCAGCGACAACACUUUCAGGUUUAAUUUCCUCCCUGACAACUCACAAGGAUUUCAAGAAGAAACAUCUGCAUCUCCAUCAUCAGACAGGACCGAACCAGCAAGGAGCAAGAUUACCUUUACAGGACAGGGCUCUGCUUUUGCUUUCAACUUUCAGAUUCCUCCUGCUGCACCUGUAGAGCACAUGGAGACGACAGAGACCCCAGACACCUCUACUCCAGGCAGCCAACAAGGCACCCAAGGCGAAAAGCCUUCCCUGCUGCAAAAUGUUAGCUCUCCACCUGAAUCGUUGGUGCAGUCAAAAGCAAAGAAGAAGAAGAAGAAGAAAUCUGUGGUGGAAAAACCCUCAGAUAGCACGGAGCCACAACAGAAGCCAAGUUCAGCUGAGGGGAGUCAAGAAGGCGAGGACACGGAGCUGAGUGCAGAAGAGCAGCUGAACAGACAGCUGGACUGGUGCAUUGAGCAGCUGGAGUUGGGAAUGAGGUCUCAGAAGGGCACACCGAAACAGAAGGAGGAAGCCUCGCGUGCCCUGAAGACUUUACGAAGCUCCAAAGCUCCUCUGGCCAAGAAGAGGCAGGUGAUGAGAGCUAUGACUGGAGAUUACAGGAAAAAAAUGGAAGAAGAGAAGACAAAGCAAUACAAACUUAUUCAGAAUGAAAUUGCAUCAGCUAAGGUCAAAGUUGCAUCAGAGUCUCCAAAAAAGUGUGUUUUCCACCGGAGAGCUGGGGUUAAAAGCCAGACAUCAGCCACACAGGAGAAACUGCAACAAGCUGAAGGCCAGCAGACAGACCAGAUAUCACAGACUCAAGAGGAGGCAUCAGCGUUUGUCUUUACUCCAUCCAAGGAGGAGUUUCGAUUCAAUUUUCUCUGAUUUAUACUCUGAAGACACCUCUCUGCGUGCUGGACAUUCUUUGAGAUAGAAACAACAAAAAACCCCUGAAACGAGGGGCUCCACUGGAGAUGAUGGGAGAAAAAUGUCACUUACAAUCACAAUGCGAAUAUUAAAACAUUGAAAGUCAUUAUUUGUAACAUAUUUCGAAAAAUAAAAAGUUUUGUUUU